GCUGGGAGGCCACAGGCGGGCGGGCACAGUGUAGGGUUACAGUCCAUUUAUGGGCGCAGCAAGGGCAGAUAUCAGUGUCGAUGGCAUUCGCUCCCAGCUAUUCUUAGGAGCCUCCCAGGAGCUCUGCACAGCCUGUCUAGGCAGCAAGGGGCAGAGCAGAGGCAGCCACUAUCAGCACCAGCAUGUCUUACAGUGUGACUCUGACCGGGCCCGGACCCUGGGGCUUCCGUCUGCAGGGAGGCAAGGACUUCAACAUGCCCCUCACUAUCUCCAGGAUCACACCAGGUAGCAAGGCAGCCCAGUCCCAGCUCAGCCAAGGUGACCUUGUGGUGGCCAUCGACGGCGUCAACACAGACACUAUGACCCACCUGGAAGCCCAGAACAAGAUCAAGUCUGCCAGCUACAACCUGAGCCUCACCCUGCAGAAGUCAAAACGUCCUGUUGCCAUCUCCACAACUGCACCCCCCAUCCAGUCCCCUCUGCCGGUGAUCCCUCACCAGAAGGACCCUGCUCAGGACACGAACGGCAGCCUGGCGGCACCAAGCCCCAACCCUGAGGCAAGGGCCAGCUUGGGCACCCCAAGCACCCUGGAGCUCAGGGGCACCUUUAGCUCCUCCUUCUCCCAGACCUCCAUCUGCUCCUCUCACACGGAGGCCUCGGACCUCGGCCCUCCACGGGACAGCCCAGGGGCCAAGGCCAUCCCUGAGGGGGCCCAGGACCCACUCAGCCUGAAAGUCCUGCCAGGUCCGAGCCAGCCAAAGCAGUAUAACAACCCCAUUGGCCUGUAUUCAGCAGAGACCCUGAGGGAGAUGGCUCAGAUGUAUCAGAUGAGCCUCCGAGGGAAGGCCUCAGGUGCUGGACUCCUAGGAGGGAGCCUUCCUGUGAAAGACCUUGCUGUGGACAGCGCCUCUCCAGUAUACCAGGCUGUGAUUAAGAACCAGAACAAGCCAGAAGACGAGGCUGAUGAGUGGGCCCGCCGUUCCUCCAACCUGCAGUCUCGCUCCUUCCGCAUCCUGGCCCAGAUGACAGGGACGGAAUACAUGCAAGACCCUGAUGAAGAAGCUCUGCGAAGAUCAAGCACCCCUAUUGAGCAUGCUCCAGUGUGCACCAGCCAGGCCUCCACCCCGCUGCUGCCCGCUUCUGCCCAGCCGCCUGCUGCCGCCUCUCCUAGGGCAGCCUCGCCACCCCUGGCCACAGCUACUGCCCAUGCUGCCACCGCCUCUGCUGCAGCCCCUACCUCGAUCCCUGCGGACAGUCCAAGACCCCAGGCCUCUACCUGCAGCCCUGCAGCAGCUACCUCUCCAGCACCAACUGCCCAUACGAGCUACAGUGAGGGUCCAGCUGCCCCUGCACCCAAGCCCCGAGUUGUCACCACUGCCAGCAUCCGGCCUUCUGUCUACCAACCAGUGCCUGCAUCUACCUACAGCCCAUCCCCAGGGGCCAAUUACACUCCAACUCCCUACACCCCCUCUCCUACCCCAGCCUAUACCCCUUCACCUGCCCCUACUUACACCCCUUCACCUGCUCCCACCUAUUCCCCCUCUCCUGCUCCAGCCUAUACCCCUUCACCUGCCCCAAACUAUAACCCCACACCCUCAGCGGCCUAUAGUGGGGGCCCAGCAGAGUCUGCCAGCCGUCCCCCCUGGGUGACAGAUGACAAUUUCUCUCAGAAGUUUGCCCCUGGCAAGAGCACCACGUCUAUUAGCAAGCAGACCCUGCCCCGGGGCGCCCCAGCAUAUACUCCGACAGGUCCUCAGAUGACCCCCCUUGCCAGAGGUACCGUCCAGAGAGCUGAGCGCUUCCCAGCCAGCAGCCGAACUCCACUGUGUGGCCACUGCAACAACGUCAUCAGGGGUCCUUUUCUGGUAGCCAUGGGCCGCUCCUGGCACCCGGAAGAGUUCAACUGUGCCUACUGCAAGACCUCAUUGGCAGAUGUGUGCUUUGUGGAGGAGCAGAACAAUGUUUACUGUGAGCGGUGUUAUGAGCAGUUCUUUGCCCCACUCUGUGCCAAGUGCAACACCAAAAUCAUGGGGGAAGUGAUGCAUGCCCUGAGGCAGACAUGGCACACCACCUGCUUUGUCUGUGCAGCCUGCAAGAAGCCUUUUGGGAACAGCCUCUUCCACAUGGAAGAUGGAGAGCCCUAUUGUGAGAAAGACUACGUCAACCUGUUCAGCACCAAGUGUCAUGGUUGUGAUUUCCCCGUGGAAGCUGGUGACAAGUUUAUUGAAGCCCUGGGGCAUACCUGGCAUGACACCUGCUUCAUUUGUGCGGUCUGCCAUGUGAAUCUGGAAGGGCAGCCGUUCUACUCCAAGAAGGACAAGCCCCUGUGCAAGAAGCACGCACAUGCCAUCAAUGUGUAGGGAGCCAAGGGCGUCUGGUGCAGACGAGGCCCCAGGCUGCUCCUGCUGCUGACAACGAAGGAUUCGAGGAGGCUGAUAUUUCUUUUGGGGGGAAAAGGGGGAAGAGAGGAAGCAAUUGAGCUCUUUUGAAGUAUAAUUUUAGUCUUUUCUUCUGUACACAUAUCGUGUAUUUGCAUAGUUCAGACUAGAAGCCAAAUGAAGAUUCUAAACCAAGCUAGUAAUUAAUCCAAGACUGGAAUUGCACUUCAAACGUUUAAGACAGGAUUCCAAGAACUCAAAAGUGAAAAAUGAAAAGCAGCUUUCCCAAAGUGAUACACCUCCCUGCUGUCAUCAGAGCAGGGACAGAGCUCAGAGCAGUCAUGGAGAAUCCGAAGCAUUCUGUGUUCUGUAGAGCUCCUCUGGCAAACAAAACGAAGUGCCAAACAGUGCUUGCUGCAGGGUAUUUUUAGAGCCAUAACUGAGAGCUUGUUAGCUAAGACCAAUUGGGCUUUCCUCGCCAAAAAAGGAAGUGUUAUUCCAUUACUAGCGUCAUGGAGCUACCUCUGCACAUCAGACUUCAGGCCAUGAACAAACUUGAAAUGUCUAAAAGGAGCCCAGAUGUCAGAAGAGGUGUCUUCUGGGAGCCACUGGGCGGUUGACAAGGCUCCAGGAAGAGCUCUGGUUCAUGCUGCUAACAGCCAAGGAAGGAUGGGCCCUUCAGCUUCCCUCUUUCAGUUUGAAAUAUCCCAUGUCCCUGGAAGGCUUAGCUCCUUUUUGAAUUGUGAAGGAGAAGUGGAAUUGGGUUUUUCCAGUUUAGCUUUGUAGUGUAUGAGAGGAGAGUUUAAAAGAUUCUGGGUUGCGUUUGACCCUUGUUUUGCUUUAAGAGAUUCCUAAGCAUGAGUGUCCUCUGCAUGUAUUUCACUCCCUACCUGCAACUGCUCACUUAUAAUGUCUUCCUCAGCACCCCUACCCCCCAAACAGGCUCCAUGGCCUGUGGAAAGAAAAGACAGUGUCUGACACAGGAUGGCAGAACAGGCUAACACGCCCAAACUGUGGGUGGGGAAGAGGAACCUUACUUUCUGCCAACCUCAGUAAGAACGCAUGAGCUGGCAGGAUCUUCAGGUCUGCACCAUCCUUUUCAUACAUAUAUUCCUUUAAAUGCAGCACACUGAUUAUGUACAGUCAUCUUGAUGGCUGGAAGGAAAAGAAGGAUGUUUUGCUGUUUUGGCCAAUAUUUUCAGAAUGUAUAAGGUGUAUUGAUCUAGCAGUUAUUUAAGUAUUUAAUGGAAUAGACUUGAGCCUUUAAUUUCUUUGCAAUAUAGGUGAUAGUUGGAGUUAAGUAAUCAUUACUUAAAGCUGUUUGGCAAUAAAAUGAGAAGCUUUAUUUCUGAGGUUGGAGACCAAAUGCUCUCUUUCCUUUUUAGGAAACACUAUUAAGAUGUUCAUAGAAUAUGGCAUUGAAGCAAGCAGUUUGCAUGGAUGUUUUGGAUUGGAGCACAAUAUUUAGGCAUUUUUCCUAUUCUCUGAUAAUGUCUCCUCACUCUUGUGUUGAAUUUUCUCUUUGCACGUUUGAAAUGUUUUACAGGAAUACAUUAGGACUUUUUUUCUGCUGAGAACUUCCAGGGGACUGCCGUUCUACCAGAGUGUGUCUCUUCUCCCCGAGGGACAAUGAAACAGCUGGCCAUGUCCCUAGCGGAAGCCCAUACUUUGUCCAAGUGCAAGGCCAUCGGCCCUUCCUGGCACCAUUAGGGAGGAGCAUAAAUGUGCUCCUACCAGAGGGCACUUUUUUUAUUUUGAUGCAGUAAAGAAAGUAAACACAAAGCACCAAGGAGAGUAAAUUUUGCUGGAACAGCCUGGAAAUUUUGCAUGAGAUGCAAACAAGUACCUUGGAGUAUUCUGUUAUUCUUGGAAAGUUCAAAUAUACAGGGACAAGAAGCUUGCUACUACAUAGAAAGGCUCUAAGCAGGGUUUUUGUCCAGAAAAUCAUCUACUAAGUGAUCAGCAACUGUUCUGGAGGAAAGAAAAACAUUUUAGAGUUUCUAAAAUCUCUUUUUAAAGGUUUUAUGCAAGUGUUCAUUAAAAAAUGUGUGAUCAACCAGGUGUGGUGGUACAUGCCUGUAAUCCCAGCUACCUGGGAAGCUGAGGCAAGAGAAUCAUAAGUUUAAGGCUAACCUGGGCAAUUUAGACCCUGUAUUAAAAUAAAAAAUUAAAGGGUUGGGGAUUUAGCUCAGUGACAGAGUGCUCCUGGAUUCAAUCCCCAGUACUAGAGGGGAAAAAAAGAAAAAAGGGAAAUAUGGAAAUAUCUUAAAGGACAGUUUUACCUUAGUCCUCUAUUGAAAAAUUUCCCCCACAUUUCAGAGCUCAGGAUCCUGAGACUCUUAUUUGCCAAAAAAAUAAGCAAACAAGCAAUAAAACGUUUUUAAGGGUUGAGGGAUAUAGCCCAGUGAUAGAGUGCUUUGCUAGCAUGUGCCAGGCCCUGGGUUUGAUGCUCAGCACUGCAAAACAAAACCAAAAACCAAACACAACCACCACCAAAACAAACAAACAAACAAAACAAACAAACCUUAAAGAUAGCAGGAAAAGGAGGUAGUGUUGAGUGUGGUUCACCUGUUUUCUGUGAGUCUGGCGUAGUGUCAAGAUUAAGACGGUGUAGUUCAAGUUAAUAUCAUGGGUGUCCUACAACACCAGACAUAACUUUUAAUAGUUCAUGGUAAGGAGCACACUGAAUCUAUAGUUCUUGAUUGCUUUAUAUGACAUUAAUUUAACACUGAUAAACAUUAACUUUUUGUAAAGGAGUGACUUUGUUCUGCAGUGUUUGUGUUAGGAAUCUAGCUUUUAUAAUGUUAACUUUUCAACAUAUGAUACCUUUCCUAUUUUUUGUGUGUGUUUUCUUUCCCUGGGAGUGGGGGCGGGUAAGAUUUCAGAAGUGGAGUGUAACAUGUUAGAGGUGUGCACAAAACUAUUUUGCAUGGUUUUUGUUCAUUUGGUAUUUUUUUGUUUUUGUUUUUUGGCCCGUGUGAAUUCUACUUUUUAGUAAAAUAAAACUCAAAAAAGGAUGUGCAAAUAA